CAUCUCAAAAAUCGUACUGUCACUUACAUAAAUGCAGUCGUACUCUCCUCCUCACUAACUGCUAAAAACGAAAAAGAUGAAAUCUGAAAUCUGAAGCACACACACACACACACUGCAUCUCUCACAAGCUCAACAGUCAUUGCCUAAAACGAACACCUCUUUUACAAAUGGCUGCAGCUCUGGAAUGCUGGUCAAGCCGCGCCGGAGGAGACGCUCUCGACGACGAUCUAGUCGAUCAAGUCCUCAUGCGCACUCACGACAGGUCAGAGUCACUCAUCACGUCUCCUCCCGAGACGACGUCUCUCGAUGUCGAAGGAUCCACGCAGGUUUUCGAUCAGAGCUCGUCUGCUAUGCAGAAACGGUUUCAGCGUCUCAGCCGUAACGUCUCCGGCGCGAUUGCGUCGCUUAAGAACUCGCUCAAUCUCGAUUCAGCUCGUGACAAUAACAACCAGAGUGUCGGCAACGGCGGAGGAGGAGGAGGAGGAGGUCCGUCGCCGAGAGCGGAUGUAGGCGGUGGGCGGAAGUUACUGUGGGCUACAGUAGUGAGGAAUCUUGCUAAGAUGUAUCCUGGUAGUCAGUUACCAGAGAAGCUUGUUUCGAAUCUCAAGAAGCAUUAUGAUUCCUUGCCUUUCAGUUAUGGUCAAGCUGGUUUCGAUAUGAAGGAAGUUUUUCUACACGUGAAGUUGAUAGAGCAAGCUUCUGGAGAUGAUAAUCCCGUGUUUAUGAUUCAAGAAGUGUCUUCUGCUGAGGGAGCUCGAGGUUCUGUUCUCAAGCUCACGUUUGCUUGUAACUCUUCUCUUUCGUGGUCAACCAUGUCGGGGGCUCUUGAUGGUGCUUCGAUUAGUUGUAAGAAGAUACAGAUAUUUGAGAAGAAAGGGUUGAGUUUGGGUGUUGUUCUUCUUAUGGAUCAGUCUGGACAAGAGAGUUUGUUUAAAACGAGGGUAGAGAACGCACUCAAGUGUGCUACUAGAAAGGCGAGACCGACUUCGAGUUCUGUUAAGCUACCUUUUGGGCUUUGUGGCUGUCAGGAACAGAACGGUGGUGUAGGGGAAGUUGGUGGUGUUGAAGAAGAGUCCAUUCAGCAUGGUAAUAGGCUAGGGAUAGAGAAUGUGAUCCAGCUUCAAGUUCCACUUCCGAGUUCUUCAUUUGCUGUAUCAGUAGAUGAAUGGCAGACCAUACAAUCAGGUGGGAGUGAGAUUGGAAAAUGGCUAUUGAGUUCUGAUAACUUUGAGUUUGGUGAACAGAUUGGACCAAGUUCUUUCAAAGGAAUCUUCCGAGGGAAAAGGGUUACAAUCGAGAAACUAAAAGGUUGUGAUAAGGGGAAUUCAUACGAGUUUGAGAUCCGGAAAGAUUUCUUGGAGCUGAUGACUUGUGGACACAAGAGUAUUCUGCAGUUCUAUGGCGUUUGCAUAGACGAGAGCCACGGAUUAUGCGUUGUGACAAAGCUGAUGGAAGGCGGGUCACUCCAUGAACUGAUGUUGAAGAACAAGAAGCUUCAAACUAAGCAGAUACUGCGAAUUGCUAUUGAUAUUGCUGAAGGGUUGAAGUUUGUGAAUGCUCAUGGUGUUGCGUAUAGGGACCUUAACGCACAGAGAAUACUACUAGAUAAACAUGGCAACGCGUGUUUGGGGGAUAUUGGAAUAGUUACCGCUUGUAAAAGCUUUGGUGAGCCUGUGGAGUAUGAAACUGAUGGUUAUCGAUGGCUUGCACCUGAGAUAAUAGCUGGUGACCCGGAGAACACAACAGAGACUUGGAUGAGCAAUGCUUAUAGUUUUGGGAUGGUACUGUGGGAGAUGGUGACAGGAGAAGCCGCUUACGCGUCUUGCUCGCCUGUGCAGGCGGCUGUUGGAAUAGCGGCUUGUGGGCUAAGACCGGAGAUCCCAAAGGAGUGCCCUCAAGCUCUCAGAACUCUGAUGAUCAAUUGCUGGAACAACACUCCUUCCAAACGCCCCAACUUCUCCGAUAUCCAUAGCACGUUGCUCCGCGCCAUGUCACGCUAAGUUUGUUUGUUUUUUUUUGUAUUUGGUAAGGUCGUAUUGUAUAUUCAGACUGUAACACUAAAAAGUCGUAAGUAAUUAGUAUUGUAUCCGUCAAUCAUCAUAAUGGUGAUAUGAUAUGAAUGGGUUGGAAAAGAGACACGGACGGAAAGGGGUUCGUGUAAGUUUGGUUUCAUACUUGUGUUUGCGGCUAACUCGAUUAUCUUUCACUACUUGCAAUGACAUCGUGGAAGAGAGAGAA